AUGCUGGAGCCUCCCCCGGUCCCCGGCGCCGCCUCCUUCGCUCCCGGCUCCCGCUCCCGCGGCCGCCGCCGCCCCGGGAAGCAGAGACCGGGGUGGGGUUCGGGGGAGCGCGAGGGCAGGGCGACCCGGGCCGGAGCGCGGAUUCGCCGGGAGGAGGGCCGGGCGGAGGGGACGGUCGGGGAGACCGGAGGGGAGCGGGAGGAGCUGCCGGGCCUGGGGCCUGCAGGCCCGGGGAGCCGGGGAGCCGCGGAGCCGGGGAGCCCGGCCGGGCGCAGAGGUAAGAGCCGGGCCGGCAGCCGGGCUCCGCGAGGGGCGCGCGGGGGAGGGCCGGGCCGGGGCGCGGGGGCCGAGAGGUGGAGUCCCGGGAGGAUGCUGCUGCUGCUGCUGCUGCUGCUGCCGCUGGCGCCGCUCUUCCUCCGCCCCCCGGGCGCGGGCGGGGCGCAGACCCCCAACGCCACCUCCGAAGGGUGCCAGAUCAUACACCCGCCCUGGGAAGGGGGCAUCAGGUACAGGGGCCUGACUCGGGACCAGGUGAAGGCGAUCAACUUCCUGCCCGUGGACUAUGAGAUCGAGUACGUGUGCCGGGGGGAGCGCGAGGUGGUGGGGCCCAAGGUCCGCAAGUGCCUGGCCAACGGCUCCUGGACAGACAUGGACACUCCCAGCCGCUGCGUCCGAAUCUGCUCCAAGUCAUACUUGGCCCUGGAAAACGGGAAGGUUUUCCUGACGGGUGGGGACCUCCCCGCUCUGGACGGAGCCCGGGUGGAUUUCCGGUGUGACCCUGACUUCCAUCUGGUGGGCAGCUCCCGCAGCAUCUGUAGUCAGGGCCAGUGGAGUGCUCCCAAGCCCCACUGCCAGGGCACCCUUCCCCCCCCUCAGAGACGCAGGCUUCUGCUGCACGCGGGCCUCCCGGCAUGGACAGUGAAUCGAACGCCGCACUCAGAGCGGCGCGCAGUGUACAUCGGGGCGCUGUUCCCCAUGAGCGGGGGCUGGCCGGGGGGCCAGGCCUGCCAGCCCGCGGUGGAGAUGGCGCUGGAGGACGUCAACAGCCGCAGGGACAUCCUGCCGGACUACGAGCUCAAGCUCAUCCACCACGACAGCAAGUGUGACCCAGGCCAAGCCACCAAGUACCUGUACGAGCUGCUCUACAAUGACCCCAUCAAGAUCAUCCUCAUGCCUGGCUGCAGUUCUGUCUCCACACUUGUGGCCGAGGCCGCCAGGAUGUGGAACCUCAUUGUGCUUUCCUACGGCUCCAGCUCACCGGCCCUGUCCAACCGGCAGCGUUUCCCUACGUUCUUUCGAACUCAUCCGUCGGCCACACUCCACAAUCCCACCCGGGUGAAGCUCUUUGAGAAGUGGGGCUGGAGGAAGAUCGCCACCAUCCAGCAGACCACUGAGGUCUUCACCUCGACUCUGGACGACCUAGAGGAACGAGUGAAGGAGGCUGGAAUCGAGAUUACUUUCCGCCAGAGUUUCUUCUCAGAUCCAGCUGUGCCUGUCAAAAACCUUAAGCGCCAGGAUGCCCGGAUCAUCGUGGGACUGUUCUAUGAGACCGAAGCCCGGAAAGUUUUUUGUGAGGUAGAGUUGGAAUCAGAAGAGGCAGGGGUCUGGGUGUACAAGGAGCGGCUUUUCGGGAAGAAGUACGUCUGGUUCCUCAUCGGCUGGUAUGCUGACAAUUGGUUCAAGAUCUACGACCCAUCCAUCAACUGCACAGUGGACGAGAUGACGGAGGCUGUGGAAGGCCACAUCACCACUGAGAUCGUCAUGCUGAACCCGGCCAAUACCCGCAGCAUCUCCAACAUGACAUCCCAGGAGUUUGUGGAGAAGCUGACCAAGCGACUCAAGAGACACCCCGAGGAGACCGGUGGGUUCCAGGAGGCGCCGCUGGCCUACGACGCCAUCUGGGCCUUGGCGCUGGCUCUGAACAAGACGUCCGGAGGGGGUGGCCGUUCGGGGGUGCGCCUGGAGGACUUCAACUAUAACAACCAGACCAUUACUGACCAAAUCUACCGGGCGAUGAACUCCUCGUCCUUCGAGGGCGUCUCUGGCCAUGUGGUCUUCGAUGCCAGUGGCUCCCGGAUGGCCUGGACUCUCAUCGAGCAGCUGCAGGGUGGAAGCUACAAGAAGAUUGGCUACUAUGACAGCACCAAGGAUGACCUUUCCUGGUCCAAAACGGACAAGUGGAUUGCUUCUGGUGCCUUGCUGUCUCUGAACCAGCUACUUGAGGCCGACAAUGGCCUCUUCAUCUCUGAGGGGCCCCCCCCGGCUGACCAGACCCUGGUCAUCAAGACAUUUCGCUUCAUGUCCCAGAAACUCUUCAUCUCCGUCUCUGUUCUGUCCAGCCUGGGCAUUGUCCUGGCUGUGGUCUGUCUGUCUUUUAACAUCUACAACUCUCAUGUCCGGCUGCACCAUGCACCCUUGCCCGUGGCCGAGCUUGGGUCAGGCCCUGGCGGCACUGAGGAGCUGACCCCCCAGGAGAAGAGUCUGGGCUACGGCUCCAUGUUCACUAAGAUCUGGUGGGUGCAUACGGUCUUCACGAAGAAGGAGGAGAAGAAGGAGUGGAGGAAGACGCUGGAGCCCUGGAAGCUGUAUGCCACGGUGGGCUUGCUGGUGGGCAUGGAUGUGGUCACUCUCGCCAUCUGGCAGAUUGUGGACCCCCUGCAUCGAACCAUUGAGACUUUUGCCAAGGAGGAGCCGAAGGAAGACAUUGAUGUGUCCAUCCUGCCCCAGCUGGAGCACUGCAGCUCCAAGAAGAUGAAUACGUGGCUCGGCAUUUUCUAUGGUUACAAGGGGCUGCUACUGCUGCUGGGCAUCUUUCUUGCCUAUGAGACUAAGAGCGUGUCCACCGAGAAGAUCAACGACCACAGGGCCGUGGGCAUGGCCAUCUACAAUGUGGCGGUCCUGUGCCUCAUCACCGCCCCCGUCACCAUGAUCUUGUCCAGCCAGCAGGACGCCGCCUUUGCCUUCGCGUCCCUCGCCAUAGUGUUCUCCUCCUACAUCACUCUGGUGGUACUGUUCGUGCCCAAGGCCAUUUGCACGCACUGCAAGUUCCCCUGCUCCCACAGCGGCUCCUUCUCAGGGAAAGGCAAGAAGCCUGUGCGGUAG